CACAACAAACCGGCAACGUAAACAAACGUGCAACCAGUCCAAAUGUUAUGCAAAAUUGUGCGCCGUUUUUGUGUGUUGAACGAAUGAAACGUGUGUUAAAAUGUGGAGCACUAUUUUUCGCACAUUAUUAGCCACACGCCAAAGUCAAGUGAUUGCACCGGCAAGACGUGUGCUGCUGCAAGACGUUGCCCGCUACUCCAAUCAACGGAUAGCGGUUCCACUGCGCAGCAAAAAGCCCAAAUCCAGCAAACCCACGACGCAGUACUUUGUCGACUGCCGACACGUACGCACCAUCGGCGGCAAGGGUGGCGACGGAUGCGUUUCCUUCCUCCGCCUGUGGUGCAAUGAAAAUGCCGGCCCGGAUGGAGGCGAUGGUGGUAACGGUGGGCACGUGGUGCUGCAGGCCACGCAGGACGUAAAGGACCUCAACCACAUCACUUCGCUGCUCCGUGCGGAUGAUGGCGAAAAGGGUGCGACCAAGGACUGUCACGGCAAGAACGCAAACCACACGGUCGUGAAGGUACCGAUCGGGACGAUCGUACGCAAUCCCCAGGGCAAGGUGGUUGGCGACCUCAGCAGCGAAGGCAUGAUGUUUGUGGCAGCACGCGGCGGUGCCGGUGGGAAGGGAAACCAUUUCUUCAAGAGCGAUCUCGAGCAGGCACCGCAGGUGGCGGAGUUCGGUGCCACUGGGGAGGAAACGGCGUACACGCUGGAACUGCGCAGCAUGGCACACAUCGGCUUUAUUGGGUUGCCGAACGCGGGAAAGAGUACGCUGUUGCGGGCGAUUAGCCGGGCCCGGCCAAAGGUAGCAGCGUACCCGUUUACCACCCUCAAGCCGCACCUCGGGAUGGUGCAGUACGAUGAUUACGAGCAGAUUGCGGUGGCGGAUCUGCCCGGCUUGAUCGAGGGGUCGCACAAGAACAAAGGGCUUGGCAUACAGUUCCUAAAGCACGCGGAACGCUGCAAUGCGCUGCUGUUCGUGAUCGAUGCAUCGGCCGACGAACCAUGGGUUCACUAUCACACGCUCCUGCACGAACUGAGCAUGUUCAGUGAGGAGCUGGUGACGCGCCCACGGUUUAUCAUUGCGAACAAAGUGGAUCUUCCCGAGGCGGAGCGAAAUGUGGAGCUGUUGGCGCACCAUGUCGAUGUGCCGGUUAUUCCCAUCAGCGCCAAGAUGGGCACUAACAUCGCAGAAAUGCUGCAUGAAAUUCGGAUCAUCUAUGAGACGAGUCGAACGGCACGGGAAGCUAGUGAAGCAACCGCCAAAGAGCAAGAGGAAGGACCACGAUGAAGGGAAGGAUAGCGCAAGAGGAAGCAAACACAAGCAGUAGAAGUUGCUAUUGAGUAAUAAACGAGUAAUCUUUAUUAAGCUUUA